AUGAGCAUGUCGUCACUGCGCCUGGAUUCUCACGCAAUAUCCACUCCUCAAUCCCAACGUCUCUUCACCUUCAAACGCUAUCCUUCCACCCGAAACGUAGUCGUUUGUUCCGCAAAGCCAAUUGCGCCGCCUCCCACUAAACUCACCGCCGCUGGUUCUACCGCCGGCCGUAUCGAGUCGCUCAGCCAGGUCUCCGGUGUUCUCGGUUGUCAAUGGGGUGAUGAGGGGAAGGGGAAGCUAGUCGAUAUCUUAGCUCAGCACUUUGAAAUCGUUGCUCGUUGUCAGGGUGGAGCUAAUGCUGGACAUACCAUUUAUAACGCGGAGGGGAAAAAGUUUGCCCUUCAUCUCGUUCCUUCUGGUAUCCUUAAUGAAGAUACACUGUGUGUUAUUGGUAAUGGUGUUGUAGUACACCUGCCGGGGUUGUUUGAAGAAAUUGACAACCUUGAGUCAAAUGGGGUCUCAUGCAAGGGAAGGAUAUUGAUUUCGGAUCGGGCCCACCUGUUGUUUGAUUUCCACCAAACUGUGGAUGGGUUGAGGGAAGCUGAGCUAUCUAAGUCUUUCAUUGGCACCACCAAGAGAGGCAUUGGGCCGUGCUACUCCAGCAAAGCCAACCGCAAUGGGAUUAGAGUUGGUGAUUUGCGGUACAUGGAAACUUUACCUCAGAAGCUUGAUCUUUUGUUAUCAGAUGCAGCAUUGAGGUUCAAAGAUUUUAAGUAUGGUCCGGACGUGCUCAGAGAAGAAGUUGAGAAGUACAAGAGGUAUGCCGAAAGGUUGGAACCAUAUAUCGCCGAUACCGUGCAUGUUAUGAAUGAAGCUAUAACACAAAAGAAGAAGAUCUUGGUUGAAGGAGGACAAGCAACCAUGUUGGACAUUGAUUUUGGUACUUAUCCCUUUGUUACUUCUUCUAGCCCAUCAGCAGGUGGUAUAUGCACCGGUCUUGGUAUUGCUCCAAGAAUAAUUGGUGAUUUAGUAGGAGUGGUGAAAGCAUACACUACAAGAGUUGGUUCUGGUCCUUUUCCAACUGAAAUUUUGGGCCCAGGAGGUGAUCUCCUCAGAUUUGCUGGGCAGGAGUUUGGCACAACUACUGGCCGUCCUCGACGAUGUGGUUGGUUGGAUAUAGUUGCCUUAAGAUACUCAUGUCAGAUCAAUGGUUUUUCAUCAUUGAAUCUGACCAAGCUGGAUGUUUUGUCUGAUCUUGAUGAAAUACAAUUGGGUGUUUCCUAUAAAAAUGCUGAUGGCACCCAGGUCAAAUCAUUCCCGUCAGAUCUUCGUCUUCUCGAGCAAUUGAAGGUGGAAUAUGAAACUCUUCCUGGAUGGAAGACCGACAUUUCUUCAAUUAGAAACUACUCCGACCUUCCAAGAGCUGCACAGUUGUAUGUGGAAAGGAUAGAAGAACUCGUCGGCGUUCCUAUUCACUACAUUGGUGUUGGGCCUGGACGUGAUGCUCUCAUAUUCAAAUGA